CAGAGGCAGUUGAUCCCAAAUCCACCCUCCCCCUUCUUUGGAAAAGUGGUUGCGCCCAGUUGCCUAUGGUUGUUUCCUCUUUAUACAUCAAUGCUUCGUAGUUGUGAAGAAAAAGCACUUAUCUUCAACUGCCUGAAACGCCUGGUCUGCAUUCCUGCCUUAAAUACCCCAAUCAGUGACGUAGACAAUUAAGAAAGCCCGUCCUGCGGCACGCCCUCUCUCUAAGGAAGAGAACCAGGAGGCAGGCAGCUAUGUGAACUGGGCACAGUUCAACUCCGGGUUUUCCAAGCGUUUGUUACUGAAAGACGGGUCAGUUCCCACUUUGUUUGACCAACCUGGAGCUUCCGUAUCACAACUUCAGGACACUGGUACCACACAAACUAGAUUUCAGGAAGUAGGAUGCCAGACUGACCAUCCACAAACCAUCUCAGUGGGCACACAGUCUGUGGCUUCUAAAAAGAUGUUUUCGGUCGGCACACAGUUAUCCAGGGGCACACUGAGAGAGCAUCACAUGAGAAGCAAAGGCACCCAGGCAACAGUGUCUUGUGUCAGUGUUGGGACUAAAACCACAUCCCGUUGUGACAUCCCACUGUCAUCUACAUCAAUUAAAGGCCAGUUAGUCAGACCAAGGAAGAGACCUCGUCUUGAGUUGGAGGAGGAAGAGGAAGCAGACACAUCAGCGGAGCUGCUAGACUCGACAUAUAACCCGGACGACUUUGUUCUUACGGAGGAAUCUGACAUGUCGUUUGUGCCAAGGACCGCAUAUGCUGAUGAUAAAUAUGUCGUCUUUGAAAGCCGGCUCAGAGAGCUGUUUGACAACUGUCCAGUGUGCAAUACUAGGUGUGAUGUCCGGCGGCUGCGAAUUGGUACUUAUGUGGCAUUCAACCAGUUUUGCCCAAAAUGCAACUACUCGAGACAGUGGCAGAGCCAGCCCAUGGUUCGAAGUACUCCUGUUGGCAACCUUCUGUUGUCAGCAGCCACAUAUUUCACCGGUGCAUCCUUCAUACAACUGGAAAAGAUAUUCAAGGCUAUGCAGCUCCAGAUUUUUCCAUCCGACACCUUCAGGAUGCAUGCUAGGAAUUUCUUGGAGCCAGCUAUUAUCCACAAAUGGACAACAGACCAGCAGAUUCUUUUGCAGCAGCUAAAGCAGAAGGGAACGCUCAGACUUUGUGGAGACAUGCGAGCAGACUCACCAGGCCAUCCAGCUAAUUACGGCAGUUACACCGUGAUGCACCUGGAGAGCAACACUAUUUUGGACCUACAGCUUGUUCAGCAGAGCAAUGAAGUACAUGGUAGUUACCACAUGGAGAAGGAGGGAUUGAAAAGAUGCCUAGAUCUUCUUGAAUCAAAUGGUUUAGUAGUGGACUACAUCGUUACCGACCGCCAUCCACAAAUUCAGAAGUUUCUUAGGGAAAGGAACAUCGCACAGUUCUAUGACGUGUUGCACUUUGUAAAAGGUUUGUCCAAGAAACUGGACAAAGUGGCACAAAACAAGGAGUGUGUGGUGCUGAGAAAGUGGCUGCGCAGCAUAAAAAAUCAUCUUUACUGGAGUGCCAGUUCGUCAAAAACAGGGCCUGAAAAGGUGGCCAAGUGGACAUCCUUGGUCAACCACAUCCAAAAUGUUCACAAACAUGAAAACCCCAUCUUUCCCAAGUGUGAACAUCUGGACCGAGUGUCAAGGGAUCCGGCAAAGUGGUUCCAACCAGGGUCAGUGGCACUCCACAAAGUCAAAAAAAUACUUUGCAAUAAGAGAGUUCUCAAAGAUGUGGAGAAGCUGAGUCAGCACUUCCAAACCUCAUCGCUGGAGGCAUUCCACCGCUUGAUCCUGCUCUUUACACCCAAGAAUGUGGUCUUCCCUUUCCUGGGAAGGUUGUGUAGGCUGUACCUAGCAGCCAUGCAUUACAACGAAAAUGCAGACUACAGCCAAGCAACAACAUCUCUAGGGCAAGCUGUCUACAAGGACGUGUUCCCCAAAUCAGAAAAGGGUGAAUGUCCAGAAAGGACUGUAAAAACGGUCCCCACAUACAAUUAUGUGGAUGACCUGAUGAGGCUCGUCUUCGAGGAGGUGUUUGAGGACCCUGUGCCAUUUGCUGAGGAGAUGCAUAAAAUCUCCAUCCCCAAGGACCUGGCAUCCCAAUAUGAGAGACCCUCAAAGGAAGAAGUGGCUGCCCAACAUGUCUCCCUAUUCAGUCAAGUGGCAGGCGGAUGCCGGCGUAUUGACCAGCCGGAUCAGGAAACUCCUGGCUUAUCCGGAGUACAACACAGGACUGGAUCACAAUCCUGACUCUGUCCUAAAUAGCUCCAGCACCAGCUAACAAAAAGCUGCGAUAGGCGAGAUGACGGUGCAGUGACAACAUAGCUGUCCCUACAAACAAAGUAAAGCGGAAGGACAUUUAAGCCAUUACAGUGAGUCACUGUUUCUCUCCCAUCUUGAAGAGC